UCAGACUUACCCUCACUCACAAGAACAGAAAGGCCAGUACAAUGUCCUCCCCUGCGACUGCUUUGCCCUUGGCGACUCCGGCCAAAUCUCCCAAAAAGAGAGCCAAAGAGAGGAAGAAGACGAGCCCCGCCGUGUCAGACCUGAUACUGAAGGCCGUGUCCGCAUCCACAGAGCGCGGCGGCGUGUCCCUGGCAGCCCUCAAGAAGGCUCUGAAGGCCGGAGGGUACGACGUGCUGAAGAACAGAGCCCGAAUCGUCAUCGCCAUCAGGCGCUUGGUGGCCAACAAGUCACUGAUCCAAGUCAAGGGCACCGGGGCCUCGGGCUCCUUUAAGGUGAACAAGAAGCCCCCCACACCUCGAAAGAAGAAGGUGGUGAAGAAGAAGAAGCCAAAGGCGAAAAAGGUGAAGAGGGCCACCGCCAAGAAAGCAGCUGGAGGUGCCACUCCAGCAGCCAAGAAGUCACCUAAGAAAAAGAGGAAGGCAAAGAGUCCUAAGAAAGCCAAGAAGCCUGCUGCGGCCAAGAAGCCCGCUGCUGCCAAGAAGCCCGCUGCGGCCAAGAAGCCCAGACAGCCCAAGAGUCCUAAGAAGGUCAAACGCGGGGUCACUAAGUCUACCAGGACCAGAGGUGCUGCUAAGAAGUGAAAACUCUCAUGAUGGACGCAGAAUGCUGACCAAACGCCUCUCUGGUGGCGUUGAACUUAUGUGUGGACUAAACUUCUUGAACUUGAGUUUGCUUUAGCUAUUUUACAGUUUUUCUAUCAAAGAAAACACUGAACCUGCUGUUUUUACACCCCUUCCCUGCCACUACCUGCGUGGUCUGUGAACACUUGAAUUGCUAGAAAUAAUAAACCUAUUUCAA